CUCCUUGAAGAAACUUGCACGCUGGUCCUAGCGACUUUUUAGAGUCUGACCCUUGCCAUCAUCGCCGUCCACUGUUGCUUCCUCCCUGUUGCCCAAAGCACUUGGUUCAUAGAAGCGAUUGCGACUCUGUACGGAAGCAAACACAAGGCAAGACAUAUAGCCAGCAGGUCUUCAACAGGGUCUGGCUUUAGCACGUCUGACGAGAUGCCACCCCAAGGACGAGGAUGUGAACAGUCAACGUGUCGUCCUAACGAGCCGAGAGAAUCAUAUAAGAGUAAAAUCUUAAUGAGCGGAUACCAAGAGCCUAAGAACGACUCCACAGAUAGCGUUCACAACAGCCAAUGCACUCGCCGGGACUCGAAAGCCUUAACGCAGGCAAGCAGCGAUAUCACAGAGUUGCACAUUGUCGACGACGACGGCGACGACGGCGAUAACGUCCGCGCGGCAGAUGGCGAAAUUCAGCACAUCAACUGCGGGCUGGCAAUGAACGAAGAGCUGCGAGCGUCCGUCGCCCGGCUCGAAGAAGAAAAAGCCAGGCUCGAAGAAGAAAAAGUCAUCCUGGAGCAGCUACUCGAGGAGCACAGGAUGCAGCGGCAGGGCAAGCUGCAGCGAUGCCGACUUACAGAAAACGAACUCACAUAUAAAAACACAGAAACACGAAACAUACAACACGAGUAUGUCUACAACAACAACAGUCGACGGGACUUGGCGGUUGUGUACUAUAGUAUCAUCAUUGAGGUGGCCACGGUUUUGAUGAAUCAGGAAGACGGGCAAGGUCUACCUCCAGUGAGGCAGCUUAGUCGAAUACGCGCAGAAAACUGCUGGAUGCAGAGCAAUAUCAUAAAAGGCUGAUGCCAGCAUGGGUGGCAAAAGAUGAGGUCUGCAAUGCAUAUGUUGUUGUGGACUGAGAGAA